AUGUGCAGCUCUUUGGUGCGGAUGGUGCUAGCGGCGCGCGUGUAUCAGGAGUCAUGUACCAGCUCUCACCCCGUGGAUGCGAAGGGGCUUUUCAACUAUUUUUUAAUGAAUAAGAAGAACACGAUUAGAUUCUGCGAGCUCAACAUCAACGGGCUUGGCAGUGCAGGGAAGCAAGGGAAAUGCAAAGAUUGGAUAAGGAACAAGGCGGACAUUGCAGUACUUACAAACACACGUAUCCCUGCUGAUCACAACUUCUGGACCCAGCUGAAGCCGUCUGCGGUGGUGGCUGGGGGCCAGCUGGGUCGGCAAGAGGAGUGGCAGUGUGUCCUGGUGAUGGGUGACCUGAAUGUUGUGGAGGACCCAGCGCUGGACAAGUCACCGGGGGUAGGGUCGUCGGCGGAAAACAGGAGGCUGAUGGGAUACUGGGCGGCCACCUUGCUUUUUGAUGUCUUCCGCUUUACGCACCCUGGGAAAAAGGAGUACACUUCUCAUAUGAGGGCAAAAGGAGUAAGCACCAGGACUCACCGCGCGCUGGCGACGCAGCCGCUGCUAGGAAAAAUGGUGGAGGUGCGACAUGCGGACAUCACAAACAAGAUGACAGACCACUGGUGUGCGGUGGUGGUCGCGCUGGAGUCGUCAGCGGCGGUCGAUAGGGGGCCUGGCAUCUGGAGACUGAGGGCUGCUCAAGCAAAGAAAAAAGGGAUCAGGAAUCGGGUGGAGCGAGUGCUCAAGGAUGCAGGCGGGGACCUCGGCAAGAUGUUGCCCAGGUUAACGGCGUGCCUGAGGGCGUACACACGGGAGGAGAAAAAGAGAGUUGGGGCAACGAAAAGGCACAUGGAGAAGGAGGUGAAAAUCUACAGACAGCGGCUGUCGCGAAGCCCGAACUGCAAGCGAACGGGGACAAUCCUGCUCAAGAAAGAGGAGUUGCUUGACGCGUAUGAAAAAAACCACCAGGAGAAGCUGCAAGAGUGGCUCGGGGUGAAGGCGGAGCUGGUUGGGGAGACGACAACCGGUUUUCUGUCUAGGAAAGCGAAAAUGCGCAAGGCCCAGACGGAGAUGUCAGCGGUGAAUUUCAAGGGGGUAACUCACUCGGGUGCGAGGGAGGUGCUGGUGGCGGCGACUGAAUUUUUCAAAGACUCUUUCGGCGGGCGUGGGGAGGCAGGCUCAAGCGCGUUGGAGCCAAGAGUUAUGUGCCGAACGUUGUGCGACGGCAGCCGGAAUGCGCUCAGUGCACCGUGGUCGGAGGAGGAGGUCCGGACGGCGGUACGCGAGCUAGCUUCAGGGAAGUCGCCCAGGCAGGACGGUCUUCCCAAGGAGCUGUUUGAGCAUAACUGGGACUUGCUGGGCCCGCUAGCGGACGCUGUCGCGGUGGUAGCGGAUGCGAUCGAGGCAGGAGCCACCGGAAGGGAAGAUUGGUUCCUCCUGAUGGUCGAUUUUCAUAAGGCCUUCGACUCCAUCUCGAGGCCUUUCCUCUUCCGCACGUUACGAGAAAUGGGGGUUCCGGAGAUCUUCGUGUCUUGGGCGGAAGGCCUGCACACAGGAGCAGGAACGAGGCUGCACAUUAACGGGUGGACAGGAGACCGAGUUGCGGUGGAAAGAGGGGUGCGGCAAGGCUGCCCACUUGCACCAUACCUUUUUCUGUGUGCGGUGGAGCUGCUCUGCCAGGAGUUUGCGCGGCGGGGGCUGGGGAUCGGCGACGGCGGGGCGGAUAGGCUGGCGUAUCUGGGGUACGCUGACGACACGUCGCUCCUGCUGAACGGAGAAGAGCAGCUGGCUGAUGUGGCUGAGGCGCUGGAAAACUUUGGGGAGGAAGCAGGGCUGAAAGUAAACAAAGUCAAGACGGUGGUCUUCCCGCUCGGGGUGAAUAGAGGGAAGUCCCCGCUGGCGGGCCUGCAAUACAAAUGGGCCGACAAGGAUGCACCGGAGUGGCUGUUGGGCAUCUGGAUUACUCCGAACGGUGACUCGCUUCUGUCCUGGGAAAAGGCGUUGGAAAGGGCGCGUAAGGAGUUAGCCAAGUGGGAGAUUCAGCACCUCACAACAACAGCGAGAGUUACGAUAAUCAAUGGGUACAUCUCGCCCAUCUUCAUGUUCCAAGCUUACAUCUACCCGCCGCCAGAAGAGAUAUGGACCAAAAUCAAGAGGAUAUGCCACAACUUCGUGUCCGGGGGCGAGGCGACAGAAGAAAAGGCCUUCAUUCUUUGGAAGUACGAGCUGAUUUGCACGCCAAGGGAGGAGGGGGGGCUGGGGAUGAUUUGCCCCAAAAAACAAAUUGCCAGCAUAGCGGUGCAGAACGUCGGGCGCAUGAUGCUGCAAGCUAACUCGAUCAAGAAGUGGCUGACGGAGCGGGCGGCGGCGAUGCCUCUGGGCCCGGACAUGAUUUACGCCCACCAAUCCCUGCUAAAGCACUGGACAGAGGGAAGCAAGCGGUGGAAGGGUGUGGUGCAAUCUUUCUGGAAAUCGCCCUUCUGUGUCACCCCGGAGCCGGAGAAUCGGUGGGAGGUGGAGCGAGAGCAGUUGGCGUUCAACAGACGCAUACCUUCCUGA